AUGGCGGAAACCAUUAGUCAACCAGCCGCGACAGAUGUGUCUCCGUCCUCUCCGAAGCUCCCAGGGCGCGGCGCAAAACUCAUGAUACCUGCUGCAGCCACUGCCUUUACCUCCACUGUGACAAGCCGACUGCGCAACCAGUUGGGUCUGGCGUCCCCUAGCCCCGUCAACCAGAACGGCAGUUUCGAGUUUGACCGGGUUAUCAAGUCUGGUUACGUCCAGAAGCGUACACAAAAGACCAAGACAUGGAAGCCCGUCUACCUAGUGUUGCGCCCAAAUACCCUCUCUCUUUACAAGUCGGACAAGGAGAGCAAGCUCCGUCACAAGAUCUACCUGUCCGAAUUAUCUGCAGUCACUCUGCUCAAGGACCCGAAGCAGAAGCGCCACAACUUGUUUGGCCUCUUUUCUCCGGCCAAGAACUAUCACUUUGAGGCGUCGAGCGCCGAAGAUGCGCAAGAGUGGAUAGAGCUCAUCCGCCGCGAUGCCAGGAUCGAAGAGGAGGAAGAGGAAAUGUUCCUCGCGAGCCCGAUCGUGCGCCGCCAGUCUUAUGCGGCUGUGGAUGUGCUGGGCAACAACACAUCUGGCGCACGAAAAGACACCUCAAUCGACCAAGAUCGAAACAUUUCAUCUUCGCCUGAGCCGAUUGAUAUUCUGCCGCCCAAGCCGCUGUCUUCAUCGACGCGGAGGCCGUCACAUACCUGGGAGUCAUCGGGAAUGUCUGGCAAUGAGCUUGUGUCUCAUUCAGAUUUCUCUGAUUCCGAGGCGCCUCGUGUCGGGGCAUCUCUGGAAAAUCUUACAUCGCGAUCCAUGUCAAACUCGGCGGCGCAGUUGCGACCUGUGCUGACCGGCAGGAACCUGAGCCAGCUAAGUGGCCUCAAUAUUGAGAAUGAUCCUGACAGGGUCGUCUGGCAGGGCUGGCUGCAACUACUCAAGCACAAGCGCGGCGUGAGGCAGUGGAAGAACUGCUGGGCCGUUCUUCGACCCAGGAACUUGAUUCUGUACAAGGACGAGGCCGAAUACACGGCUGCCUUUAUCAUGCCGCUGUCCACGGUCGUCAACGUGGUGGAUAUUGACGCUCUGGCCAAGAAUAAGCCAUUCUGUAUGCAAAUCAUUACAGACGAGAAGAGUUAUCGAUUUUGCACCCAGGACGAGGAAACCCUUGUAAAGUGCCUCGGAGCCUUCAAGAGCUUGCUCUCCAAGAGGAGAGAAUUAGAGGCUCGACAAACGGCAGCGACUGGGAGCAGCGGUGCAGCAUCAUAA